UUCCCCCCCCAGUUCGACCCCCGCUUAUAUUACAUCCCCCCCUCACACCACCUCACGGCUCCCCCUCACAACCUCACAAUCAUGGACCACACGCAACAACCUCCUGAAGCUGCUCACCUCGAGAAGGUCGAGGAGAAGCCCGUAGAACCCGAGGAGGAGAAGAAGAAGGAGUUUAUCACACCAGCCAUGACAGCCGCAGGUGUUGAGGCUGCAGAGGAGGCCAAACUUCGCUCUAAGUACCCAAGCGUUGGUCGGCCAAUGGCUGGCCAUUCUGCAUUUUUACAAAAGCGGCUUACCAAAGGGCAAAAAUACUUUGACUCUGGAGAUUAUCAGAUGGCUAAGCAAAAGUCUGCCAGUAACAAAUCAAGAAUGCCACCACUCCUAGCACAGCCCACUGGUGAAGCCAUUCCCACGCCAGAGUCCGUCCCUGUACGGAAGACAUCGAUCAUCCAUAGCAAACUAACUUCUGCAUCAUAAGUCAUGCCUGACCCAAUGAGCUUUCUUUUAUCAAGUUACUAUUUAGUAGGUCAAGGGAAGAUGGAGAUUCAAAAGGGUAUUUAUAACAAGGGGUGUUAAUAAGGCCACCCAUAUUUGGUACAGGCUUUUUCUCCGAGCAUUCAUGGAGGGGCCCCUGAAAAUGGUUUACAAACGUUUGCUAAGCUUAAACAGACAACUAUGCUUGCAUUGUGGAGUUCAUAAAUGAUGGAAGUAAUCAUGUGGGUGAUUAUAAUUAGUGCUAUCUUCCCUCAGCCUGCUGCUCUCCAUACCUCUGCAAUAUGGUAAAAGCUUCCCAGUCACAAGAGCAGAUAUUUUGCAGUGUGUUGGGUCAUAUCGAGGACUUUAUCAAAAGUUAAAAUUGAACUUAGAACUUAAUCAAGGCAGAUUAAUGAUUUACUUUGGACAUUUCUUUUGGAUUUUUUUUUUUUCCAUUGGAAAAAAGUUGACUUUAUUAGAUAAUAAGUAUUGUAUGUUAAUAAGUAUUGUAUGUUGACUAUGAAUUCAAAAGUAAAUUUGUUUUGUGGAAGUAUUUAAGAUAAUUUUAAUCUUUUAAUGGCUCUAGCUGAAAGUGGAGCAUUCUGCUUGAAAAUCCUUUCAAAGAUUAUAACUUUUCUAAUAGCCAUUUUUGAGCUGGAGAAGCAAUAGUUGACAAUAGUGUUUUUCUGCCUCUGUGAUCCAAUAUAUAAAUAAUAUAGCAUUGUAACAGGUGUGUUCCCGUCUGACUCAUUAAUAUUCAGGGACUGUUAAUGAUUGCAGUGUGCUUUACAAAGCCAUUUUUCUUUAACCAACAUUAUACCACCUCUGCUUCAUGUUACAGUAUAUAAUUCUUUUUGGGGAAUUUGAAAGUGCCAUUAAAUGGAAUUUGUUAAUGAUCCUUGGAAUCCAUGGAGUUAAUUUAACCCAUUUAUAGUGGAUAAUAAAGCAAAGAUGGAUGGUAGUUACCUUGAAGUGUUUCCGGGGCCCGGUCGUCGACCAGGCUGCGGGGUACGAGGAAUGUGGUUUAAGGAAUCGGCAUAUAAGUGUUUGUUGAUUCAUACAGCUGCUUGUUGGCGUGUACAGGAGUGGUCUCUUAUCAUUGUUCAUUUCAGUGUUACAUAAAUUUCAGAAUCCAAUAAUCAAAUUCUUUUAAAUAUCGUGCAAAAGUAAUGAAAAUGAAUGCGGCUUCAGCAUCAAUGUCUUUCAUAUUAAAAUAGUUAUAAAUUUUUUGCAAAUUAUUUUAUUAUAGGCAGGAAAGUUAACCAAGUUAGAGAGUACUUGUGAGCAGACUUUGCCAAACCUUCCAUCUCUUCCUGGUUAUGUACAUUACUGCUGAAACCUAUAGUAAUGCAAUUAUAUAUUUUUAUCCAAUAUCAUAGUAAUUGUGUAUAUGGGUAUCAUAUGUGGGAAGAACGUAUUAUAAUGGAUGUAAAUUUUAAAUGAAAAUAGACUUCUAGUAAACUAUUGUUUUCAUGUCAUUUUAGAAUUAAUUGGUUCCUUUUGUUAAACGUUUAUCCAAGUAUUUUUCUGUAGCGGCAUAUUCGGUGAAAUAAAUCGGCAGUUGGUUCUCGUA